CAUACUCUAAUUGUUCAUGGUGGCCCACACAUUAAUACUCGUGACCCACUAUUUUAAUCAAGUAAAGAAAUUAUAUUCCAUAUUUAAUACAAUCAAAUUUUCUCUGUGCUCAACAAAUAUAUAUUGGCACUACAUAUAGAUUUUAAACCUAAACAAUUAAAUACUUUUCCGUUAAUUCCGGUACACAUAACUGCAUAAGUAUUAACUUCCCCAUCUUCCUUUUUAUUUCAGUUUUUUUGUUUCUUUGUUUAUUUCUCCAUUUUUGAUCUCCAAAAGAAUAUUGCAAUAGUAAGUGAAAAAUGAAGCAGCAUUUGUGUGUGAUGGUGUUCCUCCUUUACCUCCAACAAAAAUGGUUUGUUGCAAAGGGAGACAUGUUCAUCAGAAGCAGAGGAGUCCAUUUCAUGCUCAACGGCACCCCUUUCUACGCCAAUGGCUUCAACGCCUACUGGCUCAUGUACGAGGCCGCCGACCCUUCUCAGCGCCACAAAGUCUCCGCCGCUUUCCGCCAGGCCGCCGCUCACGGCCUCACUGUUGCAAGAACUUGGGCUUUCAGCGACGGCGGCUACCGCCCUUUGCAGUAUUAUCCCGGCUCCUACAAUCAGCAAAUGUUCAAGGGACUGGAUUUUGUUGUGGCUGAAGCUAGGCGAUAUGGGAUUAAGCUGAUAUUGAGUUUGGCUAAUAAUUAUGAGAGUUUUGGGGGGAAGAAGCAGUAUGUGAAUUGGGGUCGAAGCAGAGGGCAGUAUCUAACUUCUGAUGAUGAUUUCUUCACAAACUCUGUGGUUAAAGGUUUCUACAAGAAUCAUAUUAGGACUGUUCUUAACAGAUACAAUACAAUCAGUGGAGCCAUCUACAAAAAUGAUCCAACAAUAAUGGCUUGGGAACUAAUGAAUGAGCCCAGAUGCACCUCUGAUCCCUCAGGCAGAACCAUUCAGGCAUGGAUAAUGGAGAUGGCUUCUUAUGUGAAGUCCAUAGACAGAAACCAUUUGCUGGAAGCCGGCUUAGAAGGAUUCUACGGCCAAUCAUCGCCUCAGAGAAGAAGAUUGAAUCCUGUCUCCAACAUUGGGACAGACUUCAUUGCAAACAACAUGAUUCGUGGCAUUGAUUUUGCAACUGUGCAUUCCUAUCCUGAUCAAUGGCUAUCAAACUCAAAUGAUCAGAAUCAGUUAUCUUUCAUGAGCAAGUGGCUUGAUGCACACAUUCAAGAUGCUGAGUACAUUCUUGGGAAGCCUAUAGUGAUCGCAGAGUUUGGGAAAUCAUGGAAGGAUGGAGGGUUCAGCCCCUACGAGAGAGACGUGAUGUUCAACACCGUGUAUUUGAAGAUCUACGCGUCAGCCAAGCGUGGUGGAGCUGCUGGUGGAGGCCUCUUCUGGCAGCUGCUAGCCCCAGCCAUGGACAACUUCCGAGAUGGUUACGAGAUCAUCCUCGACGAGAAUUCUUCAAUUGCAAAUGUGAUAGCCCAGCAGGCUCAUAAACUGUUCCAGAUCAGAAAGAUGUUUUGGAGGAAGAUGAGGAACUUCAGAGGGAAACAUAUCCACAACUGAUGCUCCCCUUUCUCUCUCUCUUUGGGAUGGAUGGUGUUCAUCGAGGAGGGUAUGUAUGUUAUGUUAAGCAACAGAUAAUAUAUGGAUGUAGUAGAUUGGUAUUUGUAGUUUGAUGUUUGAUGAUUUGAGAUCAAGCUAGUGUGAGCAUAUGUAAGCUCUCAAGAAUUUAUACAUUGAUCUAGUAGCUUCAACUUCUGGCAAUACGAUCAGCCUAAUUGGUAUGUUAUCAAAUUGUGGACUUUGGAACA